GUGACUAUGUGGUCAUGUCUGUGUACUUUGAUCUGAGCAGAAGAAUGGGGUACUUUACCAUCCAGACUUACAUUCCCUGCACACUCAUCGUGGUCCUAUCCUGGGUGUCCUUCUGGAUCAAUAAGGAUGCUGUUCCUGCCAGAACAUCUUUAGGAAUCACUACUGUCCUGACCAUGACAACUCUCAGCACCAUAGCCCGAAAAUCUCUGCCCAAGGUCUCCUAUGUCACAGCAAUGGAUCUCUUUGUAUCUGUUUGCUUCAUCUUUGUAUUUUCUGCUUUGGUGGAGUAUGGCACCCUGCAUUAUUUUGUCAGCAACCGGAAACCAAGCAAGGAUAAAGACAAAAAGAAGAAAAACCCUCUUCUUCGGAUGUUUUCCUUCAAGGCCCCUACCAUUGAUAUCCGUCCCAGAUCAGCAACCAUCCAAAUGAACAAUGCCACACACCUUCAAGAGAGGGAUGAAGAAUAUGGCUAUGAGUGCUUGGAUGGCAAGGACUGUGCCAGUUUCUUCUGCUGUUUUGAAGAUUGCCGAACAGGAGCCUGGAGACAUGGGAGGAUACAUAUUCGUAUUGCCAAAAUGGACUCCUAUGCCCGGAUCUUCUUCCCUACAGCCUUUUGCUUGUUCAAUCUUGUUUACUGGGUCUCCUAUCUUUAUCUGUGAGGAGGUAUGGGUUUUAUUGAUAGGGGUCUUAUUCACUGAAACUCAUGGAGAGAAAAAUGUUCUUUCUAAGUCCAAUGAUAUAAUCCCCUAUGUGGUCACUGAAUGUGUUUCUCUGUCUCAACUUAGUAAUACAUAUAAUGUCAUAUUAUCCGUGCCCAACUCUCCUUUGGUUAUUGUAAUCUGAAUUUCAGCGUGCACUGUCAUUCAAACCUGCAAGGCAAAGUAGAGUUAGAACAAGAGCUGUUACACUGAGCAAGAUAUCUUUGAGCAACAGCAAUGGAAACAGUGAAAGCUGUGUUUAAAGUGGCAUUAUCAGUCUUUGAUUCAUGUAUAGUUUAGUACAAAUGGUAUAAAGCUGUGUGCUGUGUUCACUUGGGGUCAAGUUGUGGUAAAUUGGAACAAAUUAGAAUACCUCCUGUACUUGUGAAGAAUCACAAUGGACAAGCCUAGAUUAGAACUCUAUUAUACCUUUAUUCCAAGGUAGGAAGCAAAUUUCCUUCAUAUCAUCUGUACAGUGAUGUAAAUAUUUCAGUAAUGUAGAAUGCUUCAGGUUUAAUGCAUGCAAUCUCUUUAGAGUCAAAAUAAAUGAACUCAUGUUAUCAUAUAGCAUUGUCUUUUAUUUUCUUUCCUUUGGGCUAUAAAAUAAUAUAUUAAUAUAAUUACAAGGAUUUUGGCUUGAAAUUGGAGGGGGUUCACUACCUUCUCCCUCAUGCAUGAAAAUUCAGGUUUUAAAAAUUAUGUUUGUCUUGUAUGACAUUAAAACAUCUUGAGCACAAUUUAGGCUGAUUGACAUUUGACAGCUUCUAAAUACGCCCAAAUUCAUCACUAGCAUAUAAAGUAAAUGUAUGUGCUUGCUGAUGUUUUACCUUACUUUGAAGAUGUGCACUCUUAACAGAACUUGCUCUCUAUCUCAAUAUCUGCUUGUAGCGAUUGUGAAUGCCUUGUGGGCAGAGUCCUUGUCAAUUCUUCUUUUAGUUCUCAACAUCUUGCACUGUCAUAUAGUCAGUGCUCAAUAAAUAUGGCUGGGAGCAACACAUCCUCUUGUAGUCUGGUGAAUAACUUUUUCUGACCCAGAACAAGUGAUUCAUCUUUUCACAUUGCUGUUGAAUUGUGAUGCUUCUUUAUCUGUAGAAACAACCAGAGAAUCUAAAGAACUGUACCUUAUAUGUUCAUUUUCAAAAAUUUGUUUUUUGCAAAGGGUAUUUAUUUUAAAAUAAUAUCUAUUUCCUAUACCUAUGAAUGCAAUUGAUGAAUUAAGCAUAGAGUUCUUGACUAUCCCAUUUUUUAAAAGAAGUAAUUAUAUCUGCUAAUAAUUCUGCUUGUGAACCUAUGAAAGUAUGAGCAAUAUUCAUACCUGACUGGUAUACAGUAUGCUUGGAAAAAAUGUACUGAAGGUUAAAUUAAAAACAGAAACAUCAUUGAGUAACUUGCAUGGAGGACAUAGGGCCUCUGACUGUGAGGUCAUUUUGCUCCAUAGUAAUUAAAUAGAGUGAUUGGCUGACUUAAGACAUGAUAAGUUGGACAUUAAUGCGAUUAUUCUGAAUCUUUAUUUUUCUAAAAUAUGACCUUAUCUUCAGUUACUCUUUAAGGAAAAUAUUAAUUCAAAUCAAAGUUAAAUCAUAGUGUAAAUUUAUAGAUAAUAAGACAAUUAAAGAAAGUGUCUCUGUUAAUAGAAAACCACAUGAAGUCAUUACAAUUCAUCUGGAUGAAUCUUGAAAACAUUCAGCUGCUGGUUGUACAAACCUUUAAUAUACCAGUGCGUCAGUAUAUAACCUCAAACAGAUGUAAAUAAAUGAUUAAUUUUUCAUUUUAAAAUGUCAAAAUAGUCAAUGUUGACUCUUUGGGAGAGUUGCUGGCAAAAUUAAUUUGUGAGAAACAAGAUAUUAUUGUCUAUUUGAAAUGUGUUUUGCAGUCGGAACAUGGAAAUAAAAAUUAAAGCUAGCUUUCCAACAUGUGUAUUAACACUGGCAAUACGGAUAUAUAUCAUAUACAGUCCAAUUCUGAACCAUCAGCUGCUCCCUGUCUAUGAAUUUGCAAAUCUUUUCACAAAGGAAUUGCCUAUCAUAUGGACUUUUACAAUAAAAAUGCUGCGUUACACUCCAUGCACCUC